AUGCUCAUCGAAGGUGGUUUUCCGGGUAGUACACUUCUUAAACCUGAACACAAGAGUAUAUUAAAUGAAUUUUAUGGGAAUCAGAAUCAGCAAUGGACACUAAUGUAUAAAGCAUCAAGGCAUGGAUUCGAUGCUGCUUCAUUUCACUCACAUUGUGAUCAAGAUGGGGAGACAAUAACAAUUAUCCAAUCGAACAAUGGUUACUUGUUCGGUGGUUAUACCUCAGUCCCUUGGAGUUCAAGUGGUGACUUUGAGAGUGAUGCCACUGCAUUCUUGUUCACUCUAACGAACCCUCAUGCCAUUUCGCCUACUAAAUAUUCAGUCGUUAAGCAAUUCGUACCUUAUGCAGUUUGUCAUAACGGUGGCUUUGGACCAACAUUUGGUUGUGGUCUUGAUCUAUACGUGGCAACGGACAAACGUAUAUUAAAUAAACUUCGAGGACAUAUUGAUAAAUUUGAUAUUCCAAAAGAAUUUCCAUAUAAAGAAUCAUUUUCUGAUCUUGAUGUUCUUAUUGUAUGUCCAUCAUCAACAAAUAUUCUAAAUUUAAUUAAAGGUUUAUUUAAUCCAGAAGCAUUAUAUCAUAAUGGUGGUGGUUAUUCAUUCGAUUUUGAACUAUUUCAAAUUGAUUAA